AUGAUGACCACCGAAGCCACUGUUCGCAAGUUCUUUGCGCCCUCCGCCUUCGCGGUGGUGGGUGCUAAGCUCAAUCCCCGCCAAGUUCGGCCACCGAGGUCCGAUCCAUUCUUUGCCUGGUAUCUCUAUCAUGACUUGCCAGUCACUCCCAUCAAUCCGGGGUCGGCAACUAUUUCUGCUCUGGAAAAGGACCAUCCCACCGUCCCCAGCGUCGCGGCGCUUCCCAACCCCAAACAGACGUCCAUCUCAGUCAUCACUCCCCCCUCGGCAACCCUCAAGGUGCUCCAGGAGGCAAAGGAGCUGGGGAUCCCGUCCGCGUGGCUGCAGCCUGGUAGCUUUGACGAUGACGUCCUCAAGUUUGCCAAUGAGCAAGGCGGAUUCGAUGCAGUCGUGGCUGGCGAUGGCGGCCGGGGUCACGAAGGGUGGUGCAUUUUAGUGGAUGGUGAGCGAGGACUGAAAGCAGCUGGGAAGCUGUAA